CCUCCCCCCUCCCCUUCUGUGGCUAUCGUGCCUUCCUGAAUACCCAUUGUCCGGAGGGUCUAUCACAUCGUCAGUAUGCUGGCACGUACUGUUUUGCGCAGCGUGCCCUUCCGGGGUGUCGCACGUCAGUCCUUGAGCCAGACCUCCACGCGUGCGUCUUCCUCGUCCGCCGGUGCCGAAUCCGCCAGCUCCCCCUUCCACCUCACACUUGCCGCGUCCGCCGCUACCGCUGUCGCUCUCGGAUCCGCCGCGUAUCUCUAUGGCCAGGAAGCUUUUGCCAUGACACCUGCUGAGGAGGGAUUGCACCCUACCGCAUACCCUUGGGAGCACGCCAAGUGGAACAAGACCUUCGAUCAUCAGGCCCUCCGCCGUGGAUUCCAGGUCUACCGUGAAGUCUGCGCCAGCUGCCACUCCCUGACUCGUGUGCCUUGGCGCUCGUUCGUCGGUGUUAUGCACACCGUUGAUGAGAUGAAGGCCAUGGCCGAGGAGAACGAAUACGACACCGAGCCCAACGACCAGGGCGAGAUCGAGAAACGCCCCGGAAAGCUGUCCGACUACAUCCCUGGUCCCUACAAGAACGAGGAGGCCGCUCGUGCUGCCAACGGUGGUGCCCUGCCCCCGGAUCUCAGCUUGAUCGUCAAGGGCCGUCACGGCGGCUGCAACUACAUUUUCAACCUGCUGACUGGUUACCCCGAUGAGCCUCCGGCUGGCGCUACCGUCCAGGAGGGCAUGAACUUCAACCCCUACUUCCCCGGUACCGCUAUUGCCAUGGGUCGUGUCCUCUUCGAUGGUGUUGUUGAGUAUGAGGACGGAACUCCCGCCACCACCUCCCAGAUGGCCAAGGACGUUACCGAGUUCCUCAACUGGGCUGCCGAGCCCGAGAUGGAUGACCGCAAGAAGAUGGGUGUCAAGGCUAUCACCCUCCUCACCGGUCUGUUCGCUGUUAGCGUUUGGGUUAAGCGUUACAAGUGGUCCCCGAUCAAGACGAGAAAGAUUGUGUACAGCCCUCCCGUUCCCCGGCGCUGAAUGUUGCAGCGGACUGUAUGAAUUGCACACCGCGGAGGAAGAAUAUAGGCGGCUAGCGAGCCUUGAUCUAAUCCAUGUUCCAACUCACGUUGGUUCCACGUCGCCUUUUCCUUCAACCUGUCACUCUAUUCGAUGGUCUCUGCCUAUUUCGUUAGAUGUUACUCAGGACACUUGUAUCUGUACCUUAGAUAUUUAUUCUCCUUUGAAAAUGUUGCUUGAACCCCCAAUGUCACAAUUUCCUUUGUUAGCUUCCGAUUGUGGGCUUUCGUAUAAAUAUUCGACCUCCCAGCGCGGAAAGUUGAGUGGAU